AUGUCUUUUAGAAUUUAGGUCACAGAUCCUGUGAAGGAUAAAAUUUCAAUUUUGGAAGUAGAAUAAACACUCACUGUACUGGACUUGAAGGCAUUAAUAGAAGUUGAGGUAUUUUUUAGGCUAUUCUAAGUUCUAAAUAGCAGUAGCCAGAUAAUAAUUGAUUUACGGAGGAAGAGUCAUGAUAGACAAUGAUACUCUCUCAAAGUAUAAUAUGCAAAAUGAAGAUUUGGUUCUUAUUGAAAGGAAAUAAAAAUAAUAAAGGACACCAUUGGAAUAAGAAGCCAUCAAAUUAAUCAAGCAUUGCCAAUAGAAUCCUCAUUUGAUUGAGGGAAUGAGAAUCAAGGAUCCAAAAUUGGCAGAAUCAAUUGAAAAUAAAAAAUUAGCAGGUGUAAUAGAGUUUAUUUAGCAAUAAGUAUUAGUCUCAUUCAUUUAGAAAUAAAAAAAAUUCUAAGAAUAGUAAGAAUACAAACGAAAGAUGUAGUAAUUAGAGUAGGAUCCCCUCAACCCUGAAAAUUAAAAACUUAUUGAGGAGAUGAUUAACAAAAAAAAUAUUGAAGAGAAUCGAGAAUAUGCUUAAGAGUUCAUUCCUGAAAGUUUUGGAACUGUUACUAUGUUAUAUAUUGAAUUGUCAAUUAAUCGUCAUCCUGUUUAGGCUUUUGUUGAUAGUGGAGCACAGAGUACCAUAAUGUCAAAAGCAUGUGCAGAGAGAUGUGGAAUAAUGAGAUUGGUAGACACACGUUUCUAAGGUAUAGCCUAAGGAGUAGGGACAUAAAAAAUUAUUGGAAGAAUUCAUGUUGUGGAAAUGCAAAUAUUAGAUCAAGUAAUCUAUUUAACUAAACAUUAGUUUUUACCAUGCUCAUUAACGAUUUUAGAUGGAGAUGGCAUCGAUUUUUUGUUUGGAUUAGAUAUGCUUAAAAGAUAUUAAGUAAUUUUCCAACUUAAACAAUUAGUGCAAUAUAAAUUUAAAAGAUAAUUGCUUGAUAUUUCCAAAUGAAAAGUUGAGCGUACAAUUUCUUCCAGAAGGUUAGAUUCAUCGAAGAAUAAGCAUAUAAUAAGAAUAAGAAAUCUUAAAAAGACAAAACAGCGAAUCUUAAAUAGAAGAAGAAUAGCCUAUUAAAAUUUCAAAUUAACCAUAAUAAUAAUAAUAAUAAUAACAAUAAUAAUAAUAAUAGCAACCCAAUACUCAUACUAGACAUCCAGAAUCUUAUAUACAAGCAAUAAUUAAUAUUGGAGCUUCAAGAGCUGAGGCUAUAAUUGUAUUAGAUUAGACAAAUGGUAAUUUAGAAUUAGCAGCAUCUAUAAUAAUGUAGUAAAAAUAUGGUUUUAAUUGA